AUGGUGUUAGUUUGUGGCACAAGUAAUGAAGGAGGAGGAGUAAGGGUAGUGGAAGGAGCAUUCAGCAUCUACAUCAACCCUUGCACCCUCCCAGCUUGCAUUGCUGCUUGCAAGAACGUGUUGAAGGACAAGUUUAAAAGUGCGUCGUGCGCUUCCUCGCCGCCGGCCACCGGAAAAUUUUGCUUAUGCCUCUAG